AUGGCGGGUAUCAAAGACAGAUCCUUCAGCAGGGGGUCUAAUCGGGACGUGAGUCCCGUCUAUUGCGCCAUACACCUGUGGCACAAGGUGCGCUCUGGAGUUACGCAAGGAGAUAUCAUGCGCCUCAUCCACUCCAGAUUGUCUGGCUGUAUGGUGACAGAGGAGGGAUGUUGUUAUUUGUCUUCAGCUGUGACUUCAAACCCCUCAUGCUUGAGAGAGCUGGAUCUAAGCUAUAAUCACCCUGGAGAUUCAGGAGUUAAGCUGCUCUCCGAAAAACUAAAGGACCCAAACUGCUCACUGGAUAAAUUAAAUGUGGAUCAUGGGGGAGAAUCCAGGAUUACAGCAGGACUACAGAAAUGGGUCUGUUUUCUCACACUGGAUCCAAACACAGCAAACACUAAACUCAUUCUGUCUGAAGAGAACAGAAAGGUGACACGUGUGGAAGAAUCUCAGCCAUAUCCUGAUCAUUCAGACAGAUUUGAUGUGUGGCCUCAGGUGUUGUGUAAAGAGAGUAUGUGUGGACGCUGUUACUGGGAGAUUGAGUGGAGUGGAGAAUAUGUGUAUAUAUCAGUGUCAUAUAAGAGCAUAAGCAGGAAGGGACAGGGUAAUGAGUGUGUGUUUGGACGUAAUGAUCAGUCCUGGAGUUUGAUCUGCACUCCUGACAGUUACUCAUUCAAACACAAUAACAUAGAGACUGAUCUCCCUGUGAAGCCCAUCAUCAGGAAAAUAGAUAAAAUCACGUCUCUGACACAAUGA